AUGAUCACAUCGCCCUCGCUUUCUGCUAUAAGAAGUAGUAAGCGCAGCAGCAGCCUCAGCGAGCCCGGAGGCAGCCCCCGCCGCAGCCGCAGCGCCGCCGACCUCGCCGGGCCGAACGGGCUCGCUGGGAAUAACGGCAGCAGCGCCGCCGCCAAGCCCUGCUUCCACGCCGUCCCCCCCUCGGACCCGCUACGCCAAGCCAACCGCCUUCCCAUCAAAGUCUUGAAAAUGCUCACGGCGCGGACUGGACACAUUUUACACCCUGAAUACCUGCAGCCUUUACCCUCCACGCCCGUCAGCCCUAUCGAGCUGGAUGCAAAGAAGAGCCCCCUGGCCCUUUUGGCACAAACUUGCUCGCAGAUAGGGAAGCCGGACCCGUCCCCUUCCUCCAAACUCUCCUCGGUCACCUCCAAUGGCUCCGGAGGCGACAAGGACUCCAAGUCGGGCCCCUUGAAGCUCAGCGACAUCGGCGUGGAGGACAAAUCGAGCUUCAAGCCGUACUCCAAGCCGGGCGCGGAGAAGAAGGAACCGGGGGCGGCGGGCUGCGCGGGCGCCCCCGCCGCGGGGGUCGCGGCCGGGGAGAAGUCGGGAUUCCGGGUGCCGAGCGCCACCUGCCAGCCGUUCACCCCAAGGACAGGCAGCCCAAACUCCAGCGCCUCCGCCUGCUCGCCCGGGCUGCUGCCGGCCGAGGGAAAAGGCGGGGAGGACAAGAAGGACUCGGAGGGCUGCGGAAAGAGCGGCAGCUCCGGCUCGGAGGGAGGCCCGGGCACCACCAGCAUCAGCCACAGCCGGAUUAGCGUGAGCUGUGCCGGGAUUAACGUGGAGGUCAACCAGCACCAGGAGAGCACGCCGGGCUCCAAGCCCAUCGCAUCGGACUCCGCCUCCUCCUGCAGCAGCACCACCGCCACCUCCUCCACCUCCGUUCUGGGCUCCGGCCUCGUGGCCCCCGUCUCCCCUUACAAGCCGGGCCAGACCGUUUUCCCCCUGCCCCCGGCGGGCAUGAGCUACCCGGGGACGCUGGCUGGAGCCUACGCCGGCUACCCGCCACAGUUCCUGCCGCACGGAGUGGCUCUGGACCCCACCAAAUCCUCCAGCCUGGUGGGGGCCCAGCUGGCCGCCGCCAGCAGCCUCGGCUGCAGCAAGCCGGCGGGGUCGAGCCCGCUGGCGGGCGCGUCGCCGCCGUCGGUGAUGACGGCGAGCUUGUGCCGAGACCCCUACUGCCUGAGCUACCACUGCGCCAGCCACCUGGCAGGCGCCGCCGGAGCCUCCUGCGCCCACGACCAAGCCCUCAAGUCCGGAUACCCCCUCGUCUACCCCACCCACCCUUUGCACAGCGUCCACUCCUCGCUGACCGGCGCCACGCCGCCUUCGCUAGCCGGCCACCCUUUGUACCCCUACGGCUUCAUGCUCCCCAAUGACCCCCAGCCACACAUCUGCAACUGGGUGUCGGCCAACGGACCCUGCGACAAGCGCUUUGCCACCUCGGAGGAGCUGCUUAGCCACUUGCGGACCCAUACUGCCUUCCCGGGCACCGAUAAACUCCUCUCCAGCUACCCCAGCUCCUCGUCGCUGGCCAGCGCAGCGGCUGCAGCCAUGGCGUGCCACAUGCACAUCCCCACGACGGGCGCCCCGGGCAGCCCGGGCACGCUGGCCCUGCGCAGCCCGCACCACGCGCUGGGACUCGGCAGCCGCUACCACCCCUACUCCAAGAGCCCCCUGCCCACCCCCGGGGCCCCCGUGCCCGUGCCCGCUGCCACCGGACCCUACUACUCCCCUUACGCACUCUAUGGGCAGAGACUCACCACAGCCUCGGCCCUGGGGUACCAGUGA